AAUGCACCAUCAUUCUGAUGUGUGCCGCUGAUCUAAAAGCGUAUGUUCAAUAUAUAGUUCAGAGAGAGACCAACAUACAAACUCAAAUUCACAUACAAAGAGACUAAAUUAGAGCAUGGAGUGUUUGUUUUUCAUGGUUCGAAUACGCCACAAGCUAAUCAGUAGAUAAUAAAUAAUUAUUUUUAUGAAUGUAAUUUGCACGAAAUAUAUCAGCGGGCAUGAUUAUGACUACCAGGAAAUUUGAAAAACUUUUUAUAAUGAGUAUUUCAGAAAAAAUUUCCCGAGCACCGCCACUGGUUUUGGACGCAACUUUUAUCACUUUUAUUGAAAUUGAGUAGUGUGCGCUCAUAGCUAGUUUCUUUGGCGUAAGUAAUUAGGCUAUUAUUGUAAUUUGUAAUGGCUAAUAAAAGGCGAGAGAAGUGCUACAGUAUUUUCGAUUAUGAAAAACAAGCUUCGGAAAAACUGUCCGAGGUUGCCCGUGGGUUUUUCGACGGAGGAAGUGAUAGAAAAGAAACCUCACGCAAUAAUGUCGUAGCAUUUUCAAGGUAUAAAUUAAGACCACGACAUAUGCGUGACGUAUCAAGUAUUGACAUGAGGCAGAAUGUUCUGGGCUGUGACAUUGAAUUUCCGAUUAUUGUUGCACCAAUGGCACAUCAGAAAAUGGCGCAUCGUGAUGGUGAGAAUGCAACGGCAAGUGCAUGUGCUGAUAUGGGCACAGUGUUUACAUUCGCACCCUGGACAACAACAACUAUGGAAGAACUUAUGUCAAACAGUCGAACAGGAACCAAGUGGCUUCAACUUUACAUCAGUAAAGAUCGAACAAUAAUAGCCGACAUUGUACACAAAGCAGAACGAAACGGAUUCAGAGCAAUAUUGGCAACGAUUGAUAUCAAAGUAUUGCCAAACAGAUUAGAUGACAAGAUCAAUCAAUUUGAAUUUCCAGUUCCUGAACAUUUUCGGUCCUACAACUACGAAAAUGUAUCUUUCAUCAACUCGUCAUUAUCCUGGGAAGAUAUUGAUUGGUUGAAAAGUAUUACUUCUCUACCAGUAGCAGUAAAAGGUGUUAUGACACGUGAAGAUGCUGUUGAAGCGGUUCAGCACGGUGUUGAUGGCAUUGUCGUGUCAAACCACGGAGGCAGAGCUCUGGAUGGAGUGCAGGCUUCGAUUGAUGCGCUGUCUGAGGUCAUAGAAGCUGUCAAGCACACUGGUAUUGAUAUUCUGGUGGAUGGCGGCAUACGUAUGGGGACUGAUGUUCUCAAAGCACUCAGCUUGGGAGCAAAAGCAGUCCUGAUUGGUCGACCAGCAAUUUGGGGUCUUGCUCAUGAUGGUGAAAACGGAGUGAAAUCUGUACUGUCAAUUCUUAAAGAUGAGCUACGGACGUCAAUGGGGCUGGCUGGUUGUCCAUCUCUUGCUGAUAUAAAUCAAUCACUAAUAAUUUUACCGAAGUCCAGCUUAUAAGAAUUUGAAAAUACAAAGGAUACAAGAUAUAAGCCUAUUAAAAAUAUAUAUUCAUAAAUACAUAACAUAACAUGUUUCAUUUGAAAAUAAUUGCCAACUUAACAAUAAACCUACAAAACCUAGUGUUUAAAAUAGUGACAGCGCCCUCAGUUGGACAUGUCCUCUGCAUUCAAAAUGUUGGAUGUGUCUCUGUGGUCAGUACUCCUUGAUGCCCUUGAUAAAUUAUUAUAAUAAUAAUUUAUCAAGGACAUUGUAUAUGGAGUGAUGCUAUAAAUGUUAUACAGAUAAAUGCUAUUAUAAUUAUGCAGCAAAUUUGUAUAGAAAGAUGUUAUAUACUUUGUAAGAGAAAUGCUGUGUCCUUUUAAUAGAGUUGCAAUAAACUUUAUAUACAGAGGUGCUAUAGAGUACCACAGUCGUGUCGUCACAAUGCCAGGUGGAGCCCUCUGUCGCCAACCAGACGUUGGUUACGGUUCAUUACACCUGAAUGACUUCAUAGGCUUUCUGGAAUAGGCAUUUUAAAAUCUAUUACCAUCAAAAUGUACUGAAAACACAAAAGCUCACAUUAUAUUAGUUAUCGAACACACAUCAAUUAAAAUUUACAAAGAAAAACUAAGAUACAACAUCUUAAUAAUUACGUUAGAAAUUGGGAUCAGUGGUUCAGUAGAGAAAAUGGCAUCAGGUUAACGCAUUUUGCAGCGAUAGCAACAGAGUAGUAUCACAUGGUAUCGUAACGUAACACUGUAGUAAUCUAUACACAUUUAACAUAUGAUGUAAAUUUAUAUAUUGAGAUACUAUUAUUGAUUUCGUAAAUACAUAACAUUUGUUGGUAUAAUUACAAGGAAUAUCAUGCGGUGGGUUCAGAUACAAUUGGUAAACACUCUACUAAUAUGUUUCCUAUUUUGUUGUUAAUCACCACUUUUUUUGCAUUAUGUAUAAAUUAUCAGUAUUAAAUCAAUCAGUACAUAUCAAUA